ACUUUAUAAGGCAAAGCAAUUAUAUGUUAUAUUAUAUGCCUCAAAGAAAUGUAUAACUGGAUAUGCGUCUAAACAUGCAUUUUGAUGUUAUUGUGCAAACACUUACUGUCUAUACAAAUGAAGAAGUACAGUUCUGUGGAAGAGUUUUCAGGAAACUGAGUAACAACAUCUAACCAUGUGACAGCAAAUUUCCCUUUUACACUGAAAACUUCAUAGUGUCAUUUGAUUAUUGUCUGUAAGCUGCAGUCAUGUAUUCAGACAUUUUUAAUCAGUAUUUCCGAAUGAGUUUUUUUUUAAUUGUGUAUUUUUAAAGUGGUUUAAUUUGUGUGAAUCUUUUGUAAGUGGUUUAGUUUGGGUUGUUCCUGUCUUGUUACGGGGCAGACAGUUAAAAAUAGACUUCAGAGGGUUAAAAAGGGAAGGAAAAAGUUGUGUAAAACAGCAGAAGAACGUUUUCAGCUUGCAUUUGUAGUUUCACUCUCCUGAAAUCUUUUGACUGAAACUACAACACGUGAUGUCACUGAUGUCAGCUCCUCCUCUUCCUCUGUUGAUUCUGCUCAUGAUCCCAGUGGUUUCUGCUGACUGGGGUGUGAGUUACAGUCCUUCACACAUCUGUGCACUAAAGACCUCAUCAGUGAUAAUGAACUGCACUUAUACAUACCCUACUGGACAUAAGAUUCAGAAAGUGUUCUGGACCAAAACAAAUGUAAAAGAUGCUGAUAAUGAGUUUCCAGAUCUGUCUGUGGAUCCUGAAUACAGACAGAGGCUUCAGUAUCUGGGAGACAAACAGCAGAACUGCACCAUCAGACUGAGUCAUGUGACACAGAAGGACCAACACAUGUACUGUUUCAGAUUCAUCACUGAUAAACCUGAUGGAAAAUGGCUUGGUCAUCCAGGAGUGACUCUUACUGUCACAGAUCUUCAGGUGGAGGCUCCUGAGAGAGUGACAGAGGGUCAUAAUGUCAGUCUGACAUGUAAAAGCAGCUGCGCUCUGACUGACAGAGCAACAUUCAUCUGGUACAGAAACUCACAGCCAUUAACUGAGAGAAGAGACAGAAACAAUCAACUCCUGCUGCAGUCAGUCAGAAGAGAGGAUGCAGGCAGAUACAGCUGUGCUCUACAUGGACACACUUACAUCUCUCCUGCUGCUCAGCUCAAUGUCAACUAUCCUCCAGAGAAAACUGUGAUCUCCAUCAGUCCAUCUGAAAUAUUGGAGGGAGAUUCAGUGACUCUGACCUGCAGCAGUGAUUCAAACCCUCCUGCAGAAAUCAGCUGGUUUAAAGGAGGAAUAUUUAUAGGAUCUGGAAGAAUCUACAGCAUCUCAAACAUCAGAUCUGAUCACAGUGAAGAAUACAAGUGCAAGUCCAGAAAUAAACAUGGAGAGAAAUACUCUGAUGGUGUGACUUUAAACAUAAUGUACCCACCAAAAAGUGUCUCAGUGUCCAUCAGUCCAUCUGUAAUAUUGGAGGGAGAUUCAGUGACUCUGAACUGCAGCAGUGAUUCAAACCCUCCUGCAGCAAUCAGCUGGUUUAAAGGAGGAAUGUUUGUAGGUUCUGGAAGAAUCUACAGCAUCUUAAACAUCAGAUCUGAUCACAGUGGAGAAUACAAGUGCAAGUCCAGAAAUAAACAUGGAGAUAAAUACUCUGCUGGUGUGACUUUAAACGUCACGUAUCCUCCCAGGAAUGUCUCUGUGUCUAUAACUGGAUCAGGUGUAAUAGUGGAGGGAGAUUCAGUGACUCUGAUCUGCAGCAGUGAUUCAAACCCUCCUGCUCUGAACUUCAGCUGGUUUAAGGAGAAUCAAAGCUCAGCUGUUGGAUCUGGACAGAGUUUCAGUGCACUACAGAGUGGACGCUUCUACUGUGAGGCUCACAAUCAACAUGGAUCUCAGAGAUCAGACGCUGUUACUGUCACAGUGUCUCGUGGUCUGGGUUGGCAUGUCUGGUUGGGAAUCACAGUGGCAUGUGUAGGAUUAUUCAUUAUUAGCAUAAUCAUCAUGUUCAUGAUCAGGAGAAAACGAAGAGGUGCAAAAGCUGAAGAUGUCACAGUGAAACAGGAUGAUCUGUACUCUAAUGUAACUGAGAGGGGCGCUUGCGUGUCUGAAUCAGCCAUUUGUGAUGCUGCUCCGUAUGCCAGCGUUUCAUUCAGCAAACCCAGAAGAGAUGGAGACAGAGAUGCUGAGGAGAUCCAGUAUGCAACUGUCCAGCAUCACAAGAACAAACCGAUGAAGAGAGCAGAGGAGAGCGAAGACCAGUACGACAACCUCAGGAUCCACCAGCCUACUGCUGCCCUGAGGCGAUUGGAUGUGGAGACUGUGGAAGAGGUCUCUGUAAUCUACAGCCCUGUCAGAUGAAUGACAGACUGUCAUGAAGACAUGUCAUGUUCAUCCCGGCUGCUGGGAAAAGCAAAAGCCAAAGAUAUUUGCUGAAUAUGAACAAAUAUUAAUUAACGUCCUUGAAAGUUUGGCAGUUUAAUUUAGCAUGCAGUUUAACAUGCUAUGCUAUGCAUAUUGAUUAAAUCUGGUGAACAGAUGAGAUAAAAAGAAAGAAAAAAAACAUGGCUAUAUUCACACUGCAGGGCUUCCCACAUAGCAACAUUGUGUCGGCCCA